UUUGUCGGAAACAUUGAUUCAAUGAAAAUGGAAGACGAAAAUGAUGAACAUUUUAUAUUUCGAUUGAACGAUAACGGUUCUGGACCUAGUCUUCUUAUGAAGGUUUGCGCGGAGCGUGGAUGGCGCAUGUACCAGGGCUGCGGCGACGAGCGUUGGAAUCUGUGGUGGCGGACCAGCGCCUUCCCCGCAGCCAGCUACAAGGCUCUCGGAGACUGGCAGUUUAUGAACCACAUUCCAAAAGGAGGAUCGAUAUGCAGGAAGGAUAGUCUGUCUCGUCUUCUGCGCUGCAUGAGGAGGAUAUAUGGAUCUAUUUACGACUUCAGUCCACCAUCUUUCCAUCUGCCGUUGGAAUAUGCGAAGUUAGUGUCGGAAUGUUCUCGUCUCCGGCACGCCGAUGACGGCUCAGGCUCCAACGUGGUCUGGAUACACAAGCCCGUCGCACAGAGUCAGGGUCGCGGAAUAUUCUUGUUUCGGAGUGUGUGCGAGAUGCGUUGCGGGGGUGCGGCGGUGGUGCAGCGGUACAUCGAGCGCCCCCUGCUGGUUGCCGGUUACAAGUUCGAUCUCCGGUUGUACGUGUGCGUACCGGGAUACCGCCCGCUCACCGCUUAUAUGUACGCAGAGGGGCUAGCUAGGUUUGGUAUGAACAAGUAUACAUUAUCGGAUAUACAUAAUCCGUACAGACAUCUAACUAAUUCAUCUUUAAACAAAACUGGACCGCGAUAUGCUGAGUGCAAGGAUAGGAUUGGCAGUGGUUGCAAGUGGACAUUGAAGCAAGUCCGUCGAGCGCUGGUGGGUCGCUGGGGCGCGGUGGAGUGGCUGGUAUGGCAGCGCGUGCGAGCACUGGUGACGCUCACGUUGCUGGCACAGGCGGCCGGCACACCACCAGCGAGAAACUGCUUCGAGUUCUACGGCUUUGAUGUACUGCUAGACGAGUCAAUGAAGCCCUGGCUAAUUGAGGUGAACCUAUCACCAGCACUGGCCGCGGACUGCGAGGCGGAUGUGACAGUGAAACAGCCCAUGCUGCACGAGUUGUUCGACCUGCUCGGCAUGCCCAUGCGGCAUACGGGUUUAUCCCUGCUGCAGGGACCACCCACAAUAGUCAAUAGUUGCAGUUCAGAAGACGAGAGCGGCGCGCCCCGUGCUCCGCGCGUAGCCACGAGCAUGCGACGCGGUGCGCGGUUUCGUCGCCGCCGCGCGAUGCCCAUACAUUGUAUCACUUUACAGCAUCCCACAGCUGAUAAGUUCACGGAUUUGAAUAAAAACGGUCAUACGGGACGGUUAAAUAACUCUUUAAUCGAAACAAGCCCUGAAAUACCGAAGUCACAGUCGUCAUCCAGCGUAGGCGGCGGCGACUGUGAGGAGACAUGGCGCGGCGGGUACGCGACGGCGGCGAGCCGGCGACGCGCGCUCGACGCGAGCACUUGGGGCAACGGCGUGCGCUGGCACCGCGCGCCCGCUCGCCUCGGUCACUGGAUUAGGAUAUACCCGCACACCCUGCCGCAGGAUGAACUACAACUAUCAGUGGAGGAGGCGAGAGAAAGUGUGGCGCAUGUAUCAAAGUUGCUACGAGCAGCGCGAGAGGUCGUCAAAGAGAGUGGACGAGAUAUGCGGGCGCCCCGGGACGCUGCGCGUGACUCUGCCUUUGAAGCUUCGCUACGCAAGAAGCUCGGCUACGGAUCGCAUUUCGAAGUCUGGCUUCCUCCCUUCUAAUGUGUUCAAA